CGUUCGAUAGACCGUCCAUACUAUAUUGUCUCUGUCUGGUUUAAUUGAGUUCAGCCGACCUGUAUCUGGAUCGCUUCACUAUGUCGCCCACCCUCAUCCAAGCGUCGCGCCCCCUCGCCCGUGCCCGCAGCCAGUCAAACACAAUGCGCCCCUUCUCUAUCGCCAUUCCUGCCAGACUCGCCAACGAGGGGACGCACAUGACCAAGCUGCGUGGGUUCCUAGCGGAGAAGGAUACGACCCCUCGUCAAGAGAGUCCCUAUGGCAAAAGGAUGGAGUUUGACUCCUUCCGACGGGUGCAGCAGCAGAUGUCGGAACACGGCCAACGUCUCGAUCAGCUGGAAAAGACGAUUCAGCAGUUGACUCGCAUGCAGGGCGUCUAGUAAGAUCUGCUAGAACGCUAGUCGUCCCAACUCAAAACCCUGGAGUUUUUAUUACAUCCAACAUCCCUUUCACACAGCCAUCCCCUAGAUUGAGUCAUGGAGGCUGUUAUACCAUCAAAUGGUCCAUCGGAGAAGAUCUUCUCUCCAAGUGACCACCCAUUUACCCCCACCCGAUUUGUCGAGCAGGACCUGAUAGCGCGGAGGGGAAUCAUCUGGCAUGAGAAAUUGUAUAUACUACUGUGCACGUAUUAUGGAAUGAUAUCAAUGAGUUUUGUUACUUGACUUGAAUCUGUCUGUACUUUGUACGAUCCGAGUUCAGGGACUCGCUUGCUACGGACUCCAUUCGCAGAGGAUGAAAAUAGCCACUUAGGACAGCUACCCACCAGGAAUGGCGACAAAAAAUGAAAACCAAAAAAAAAAUAAGAGAAACUGCGUCGUGCAUCACGAGAGUCCGAUUUGCAAACAAGCCACCGACGGUGAAAUAAAGUAGUCCCGAACCUGCAUGUCUUCC